UUAAUUGAAGGAUCUUGCAAUUCCAUUCGUAUUAGUUUUCGUAUAAAUGGUGACGAUGAAAUUUCCCGAAUUCUUAUUCGAAAGUUUAUGAGAAUAGUCCACAAUAGAGCCGAAUCUUUAGAAAUUCUCAGAAGAAAACCCAUCUCUGGGUAUGAUAUCACCUUCCUCCUCACUCUUUCCCAUUUACAACAAAUGAAUCAUGAGCUAUUAAUUGAUUCCAUUUUGAAUUUUAUAAAAACCUCA